AUGGAUUUUCUGAUCGAUUUCACUCAGAAUGAUUGCAAGAAAACGGGGGACGAUUUACCGUUUUGUGAUGAUCCAAUUCCAUUCUCAAUCAAUGGAAAAGUCCCGAAAAGAAAUGGAAGUGAUAGUAUUAUUUCUUAUUUUAAUCACUUGAAUGAUGUUGGCUCUUUCUAUUCCUCAUCUUUCCAAAUUCUUGACAAUUCUCAACUUAUCGUUCUUCCUGCAAAAACUGUGAAAAGUAACGAUUUUGCUCUUUCAUUCCGCGUUCGGAAAUGGACUAAUGAAACAAAAAAGCUUCUUCUUGUCCCUGGAAUGCCAAAAGAUUUGGGUGAUAUAGAUGGAAAUUUCAAGAUUUUGGUUACAAAUGAUAACAUUGUCACGGUUUUCCCAGAUCCGGAGACUUAUAACUAUAACAACGGUCCUUUGACUAUACAAACGGCUGUCGGUUUGACAAAUGCUGCAACGAAAUGCCCUGGUUUUCAAUUUAACAUCACCUGCAAGUCGAGUACAAAAUAUUUUACCUUUGCUGGCUCUGAUCCUGGAUUUGCAAAGAAUUCCGAUUAUCAACUUUUGGCUGAAGAAGCAGAUGUACCGGUCCAAGUAAGAACAACAGCUUCAACAAUGUUCACAGAAAAUGAGUGCACGUUUUGUUUGCUUUACAACACGAUGCCACGGGCCGAUUCUCCGGAUGUCUAUCUGGAUGGACAUUCAAUUUGGACCCCAGGCUUUUACCCAUGGAUUCAUGAUCGUGCUGAACAGUUGAACUCGAUUAAACGAAUAGCUGAUAGUUGUUUCGAGUUCUUUGGCCAGUUCAAUGACUUGAGUCUUGAAAAUCGUCAAACGACCUUUGAAAUAAGAUUGAUCGAAGGGGGAACUGUUCACGUUGCGGCUGAUUCCGGUUUCGAGGGAGAGGAUUGCUUGACUGAGAGUCAUCUAGCAAUUUAUGAAGAAAACAUCACCCACGUACCAGCAAAGCCUAAUCUUCCGUUUGACAUCGAAUGUAUUGAGCUCUACUGGAUUCCAAAUCAAUCGGGAGAUGGACCAUUCGGGUAUAUUGUCGAUCUUUGGGAAGGACCCCUACCCCAUAGAGAAUUUGAGCUAACAGAAGAAACCCCAUCAAUGGCUGUUCAUGGGUAUCGAGUACAACAAUUUAGAAGUAUAAUAAUCUAUGUGAACAGCGGAGCAGUCGAUUUUCUCAUCGAUUAUGCACAAGAUGGUUGUUUGGCGGAGGAAAAGGAAAUGUGUCUGGAUGCUUUAAGCUUUGAAGUCGAUGAUGAAGUGUUGAGUCCCCGGCAAGGAGAACCAGUCUUAUAUAAUCGUCAUAUUCGCGAAACGGUGGGUCCAAAAAUGCGACACGGAUCAAUCGAUCUAGGAACGACUUCAGAAGAGUGUCCAUAUUUUCAGUCUUCAAUCACUUGCCCAUCAAGCACAUUGUAUUCCACUUAUGCAGGCGGUGAUCCAGGACUCAACAAAUCUGAAUAUCUCCUUCUAGAGGCAGAAUCUGGUCAUUCCAUAUUAACUAGAAACACAGCCACAACCAUUUUCACGGAAAGCGAUUGCUCAUUUUGUUUGGUUUACGACCUACGAACAGCUGAAGAGCUUUUGGAGAGUUUUUCCCUUUGGACAUCUUACUUUACUCCGUGGACAUUCGAUCAAUCGGAUGAGCUUUUGUAUCGAUCGCCAUCUAAUAAAUGGAUUACCAAUUUUCGCAACAGGUCUGAUGAACCACGUGAAAUGAGGGUUGAACUGAAAAAGCUUUCUGGGGGAAUACUUCACCUAUGGGCUUUUCACGAACAAGCAUGCGAAAACAAUCCGUUAAAGCCAAUGCUUAAUGUUAGUUUAACAACCCUUCCGAUAAACUCAACGUUUUAUUUUGACGCUGCGUGUUUCGGGCUCGAUUGGCAAGCUGAUGAAAAUGCAAUUGCGGGUGCCGGCUUUGUGCUUCAUUUGUGGGAGGGAGAAAUAAUUGUGCCAACAAAUGAUACACCGAUCACAAUGCCGAACCUUCCAACGACGAACACUCGCUUGUUUUUCAUUGUUGGAGGAGCGGUUAGUGGAGUUCUUAUUCUAUUGGUGUUUGCCCUCUCUUUCGGUUUGGUUUAUCAGUGUUGUCCUGGAUGUUGGCCGAUGAGAUAUGUUUUGAAAAAUCGAAUGCGCUUUCACGCCCUUAACGAACUGCGGAGACACUGGAAAAACGAUUACAAGAGUCAUUUGAAAGAG